AUAAAAUGUGAUGAUGUAAAGCGACCUCAUAUUUGGAAAUGAUAAUAAAUGAGACUAUCAAUUUUUUGCCCAAUUGGUGUGUAUCCCAGAUGGCUUCACAUUACUUGUUUAAGGGAGUUGGUCAGGUUCGUGUCAAACUCGGUGUUCAAUGUAAAAUGUGAACCGAUUGGUUCAAAAAAGUAUGAAUAUAAUGGAAUUUAAGCCAGCGAUCUCCUUUUUAUUUUAGAUAUGUUGAAAAGUGGAAUGAAGUAGAUAAAAAAUCAACAAAACCGUGUGGAAUCAUUGAAGCCAAGUCUAGCAGAUAAUACCAAACAAAUAAUACCAUGAUUCCUACACUGACAAAAAGCAAAGCCCCAGCCCCAUCCCACUGCUUCUCACUCUUUCCACUACUCCAACCACACCCUUUUCUUCAGGCCAGAAGAAGAGUAUAUAUCUAUGAUCUGUCCCCUCAUACCAAUUUCAGUUCAACUGAACUCUUCCUCUUUUCUCCUUCUCUUUCGGUUCUUUUAUUCGCCUAUAGCUUAAGUGGGCUUUGCCUUUUAUUUACAGAGAUGGCUCCAAUGCUCAAGCUCAUAGAUUGUUCUCUCAGGCUCUCUGUGAUUCCUCUCAGUGUUGCAACCAUUUGGUUAACUGUGACCAACCAUCAGGACAACAGCAGCUAUGGAAAUUUACACUACAGCAAUCUCAUGGGCCUCAAGUACAUGGUUUGUAUGAGUGCCAUUUGUGCUGUUUAUGCUUUUGUUGCUGCUGUGUCUCUAUGGAUCAGAUUCUUAGUUAAUAAAGUUUGGUGGCUCUUUGUCUCUGAUCAGCAGAUUAUUACUUACUUAAUGGUCACAUCUGUGGCUGCAAUCAUGGAGCUGCUGUACUUAGCUUAUAAUGGUGAUCAGAAAGUCACAUGGAGUGAAGCCUGCCGUUCUUAUGGAAAGUUCUGCACUAGAAUGAAGCUAGCAUUGAUUCUCCAUGCCGUGGCUCUUUUCUGCUUCAUUGUUUUAGCUGUAAUAUCUUCUUAUAGAGCUUUCAGCACGUUUGAGACUCCAGUUUCUUCUAAAGAAGUUGAAGAAGAUACAAGUUAGAUACUGAUAUCCAUCACUUUGAUGCAUGUUGCUUUGUAAUGCUAUUUAGAUUUAGAUUUUAUUCAAUUAAUGUCAGCAUAUGAUUGAAUGAAAAUUGAUGAUAUUUAUACGUAGAUUUCAAAACUCAAAUAAUGUUAAGCAGAUAGUGCCAUGGUUGAUCAUUUACCAUUUUUCUUCAA